GUUUUGUUGUCCUUUGGUGCGACACCCCUAUAUUCUUGAAGAUUAAUGAAGAUUUUGUCAUCAUUUCCUCACCCUCAUGUUGUUCCAAACCUGAAUGUGUUUCUUUCUACUGUUGAACACAAAAGAAGAUAUUAUGAAGAAUGUUGGUAACCAGACAGUUGUUUUGUUUUUUUUGCUACUAUUGAAGUCAAUGAGUGCCAUAAACUGUCUGGUUACCACCAUUCUUUAAAAUAUCUUCUUUUGUGUAACAAUAACCCCCAGCAUUUGCAAGUAGCCUACACUGUAUGAAGUGAAGUAGUUGAGUCUUGAGGAGCAUUAACAUAAGAGUAGACUUAUUCUUAUGACCAGUGUCUUGUGACACAUUGGCUUUAAUGGUAUCUAUUGACAGAUAUACAUAAUAUGUAAUAGGCUAUAUGCACUGACAAGACAGUAGAAAAUUAUUUCUAUAUCUAGAACAGCUACCAGCUUGAUAACCAAUAAGGUUGACAGGAAAUGACACUUCUGCAUUAGUAUUUCACACCCACAGACAGCCUGAUCUUACUUCUUUCUGCUGCAUAACGUACUUCUUUGUUUAACAAUAUAAUAAUGUCCAAACAUGACAUGUCUGAUCAUAUUUAUGACAACACUAGAUGGAUGAAAAAGGAUUCACUUGGAAAUAGGAAAACUACCAGAGAGAAGAAAUGUCGACCUAUCUAUACCGUUAUUGCUGUUCUCCUGUUCCUGUCUCUGCUUGUUAAUGGGGUGCUGGCAUACUUGUAUUUCACUAAAGACAAAAAUAUGUUGCAUUGUGAGCCAGUAACAAACUGCUCAAAUUCAGACCAUGAACAAGACAGUCCAGGAUGCAUGUAUGAGGAGGAAUGGAGCUCAUUAAAUUACUGCCCAGAUUUGCCAGAGCAGUGGUUAAAAGGCAACGACAGAUUCUAUGUUUUCUCCAACCACAACAAGACCUGGAGCUCCAGCAGGAAGCACUGUCAAGAUCUGGGUGGUGAUUUGGUCAUUAUUAACAACACAGAGGAGAAGGAAUUUCUUGCUCGGAGACUAUGUGUUACUGGUGAAUCUGAUCUCUACUGGGCUGGGAACAGUGAUGGGAACUGGGCAGAUCCGGAUUCCAAACAACACAACUGUGCUGUACUCAAAGGAAAUACACAAGAAGACAUUUCUUGCUUGAGAGAAGAGAGGAGCAUUUGUGAGAUCCCAUGCCUUCAGUAGACCUAUAGAUUUUAUUUUUAUUUUUUAUGGUUGACUUUUUGUUUUAUUUCGCUGUGCCCUCAUUUAAUAGGAGGUUAAUAGUAUUUGAUAUUCCUUUUUGUUUACAUGUUUUCACAUUUCUAUACUUCCUCUUUAUUGUAAUUUAAAAAUUCUAAUUAACCAUGUACAGACCAGUGUUGGGGAAAGUUACUUUUAAGAGUAAUGCAUUACUAUAUUGCGUUACUCCCUAAAAAAGUAACUAAUUGCGUUACUUAGUUACUUUUUAUGAAUGUUACAUUACUUUUGCGUUACUUUUUCUCACCUGCGCUGAGCUCGCUUGCUAUUUAGAGGCCCUUUCACACCAAAAGUGAAAUGAAUAAGCCUCAGGAUGAAGGAAAUGCAUAUUUACGCCUGUACAGUAGAGGGCGCAGCUCAAAAAAAACCUUUCAUCUGUGCUGCCAUUCUGGAUUGAAGAAGAAUAGGAUACAGGAGAAGAAAGUUUAACACUCUUAUUUCUAAAUCUGAAGUUUGCAUCCCAAUUUUUGCUUAUUAGUAUGGUUGAAUUAGAUGACGGUCAGCUGCAAAGACAUCGUUUAAUAAAGUGAGAUUAAAUACAUAAAGUAUAUUUGUGUAAUUUAAUAUAGUUAAUUAUUACAGGUUUGCAUAAAAUUCUGAGAUUGCAUUUCACUGUUUUUAUUCAUUUUGAUGAAUACUGUAACUAGUAAUGCGUUACUUUACUAGUUACUUGAAAAAGUAAUCUGAUUACAUAACUCAGGUUACUUGUAAUGCAUUACCCCAGCAUAUCUCACUACAGGAAAUUCCUUUAAUAACCUGUCUGUUUUGAAUAGCCAUGUGCAGCAAAUCCUCCUUAUGGUCUAUCUUCCAUAGCAAUAAAACCAUUUCUAAAAUGUUCUUUUCUAUAGCUAUACUUUAUUACAUACAUAUGUAAUCUCUCUUUUUAAAUCUCAUCAUCUGUUGUAAGUUUUUACAUCAAUAUUUCAAUGAACUAUAAUUUGUGUUAAUUGCUGUAAUUGUAACUUUUUUUUAUAUUUUUAUCUCAAGGGGUUUAUCAUAAAGAAUACAUUUGUACAAUAAAUCUUUUUUUUUUUUUGUAGUCAAUACCAUCUGUAAAAAAACAACAAUUUUGCACAAUAAUGCCAAAUUAAAAGACAUGUUAAUAAUAACCACUAAUAACCAGCUGACUGGAAAUUUUGCACGCACAGUUAUUUGGUCAAUGUGGUUGAAUAAAACCCCCAGAAGCCUGCCUCUCUUCAGAGUAUUUUGUCACGAGAUCCAGGUGCUUCGGUUCUCUCUUCACUGCUUUAAAAAUCUGCCUGAAGAUGCCUGAAAAUAUAUAUCUCAAUUACUUAUCAGACUCAAAACUGCCAUCAGCAGAUGAAGAUGAGAGUCACUGUUCUGAACGAAUUCAGAGGCUAUUCUCUGUUCUACUCUUCCUGUCUCUGCUGGCCAAUGGCGGAUUGGCAUACCUGUAUCACACCAAAAAUGCUAAUCAGCAUUGUGAACCAAAAAGAAACUACUUCAAUUCAGGCUCUCAUGUAGAUUCUCAACCAAUAAUGAAAACAAACUCCAUGAAUAUUAAAAACCACAGUAUACCGAACUACUGUUCAGAUGCAGAUAUAAAAGAGAAGUGGGUCCAGGACAAGGGCAGAUUCUAUGUUUUCUCCACUGAUACCAUGGACUGGAACAGCAGCAGAGAACGCUGUCAGGAUCUGGGUGGAGACCUGGUCAUCAUCAACAGCAUGGAAGAGCAGGAAUUUCUCUCUGAAAGAGUCAUUGACUACCACUGGAUUGGCCUGACCGACAGCCAGACAGAGGGGGUGUGGCUUUGGGUGGACAACACCCCCUUAAACAACAACCUCUUAUGGGAGUCACCCCCAGAUGACUGGAAAGUUGAAAAUCCUUUGCAUGGUGAAGACUGUGUUAUCUUAAAGGGUGAGAAAUGGGGGGACGUUUCUUGUUUGAGGAAAGAGAAAAGGAUCUGUCAGAUCCCAUGCUCUCCAUCACCUCAGUGACAGAGAUCUAAAUGAAUAAUUAAAAGAGAUUAAUUUUACUGCUUGUAUGUAGAUGUAGUUAUCUUUAAACUUUAAACCUGUCGUCAUAAUGAGUGUUGAGUUGUAAUAAUUAUUGGUCAUGUGUAAUGCCAUACAUGUUAUGUUUGUAAAUAAAGUCAUACAUUUACACCCUGCAUACUGUAGGCUACACUCUCAGAAACUAAAGUACAAAUUUGUACCCUUGAGGGUACAGCCCCAGUGACAAGCCAUUGUACCCCUAAAGGUACAAUUUUGUACUUUAUUUUCUGAGGUUGCUGUGCCCAAUUCUGUUGUAUAGGCCUAGUACUUUACUUAAUUCUGUUUCAAACUUGUUUUGUAAAAAGCCAAAAUGCUGAAAUGUGGUGUCAGAAUAAUGCCCAGUCAUUUGCAAAGAAAUUUCACAAUGUUCUCAACAUGCCAAACAUAAGAAUUCAUAGGAUAAGCUUCAGACAACAGCAAUCUGAAUUGCUAUUCCUGAACAAUUGCUUUAUAUUUUUGGGCAUUAGGCUUAUAGUGUUUAUUGUUAGCCUAUUAAAACGCUAGGAUAUUUAUUAUGAGGUCUUAAACGCACAACAGCUCACUGAAAUAUAUUAAAAUAACGCAUCCAAUCUCUUUCGUCCUAAUCCAUUAGUAAAUUAGCUAAACCAUAAAUGCUUUCUUUAGUUCACCCAAAAAUUCUGUCAGUAAUUACUCACCCUCAUGUCGUUCCACAUCCGUAAGACCUUCGUUCAUCUUCA